CAAGCUAGGGCAGGCCGGGGAAAGGGCGGGAAAGGCGAGCGCGAGCCUCUGGCGGCGACGGCGCCCUGAGGCGACGCCGGCGCGAGCCCUGAGGCGAAGGGCGGGGCAGGGGCGUGAGAGAGACUCCGAAAGGGCGGGAAAACGCUAGUGGCGCUGAGGGGAGCGCAUACCCCCCCUUCUCUCCUGAGAUUUACCAAGCCGUCAAGAUGAAUAAAAGGAAGAAAAAACUACCAGAAGGAAACAAUGAACUCAAUGUUUCCAAAGCAAAAAGAAGCCUUAGGGAGAACUCCCAGCUGACAGCAGAGAAUAAUUUUGAAAUAGCAAUACAACCUCAAUCCAGUGAUUUCAAAAGAAAAUCAAAACCAACUACAGCAGGAACAAAGCAGGAAUGGGAAGAGAACAGCCAGGAAAACACUGAAGCUUUGGCAGUAAACUUGCAAACAAGCUCAAAUGAUGAAGAAAGAAAGACUCCCUCUGAGCUGAAACAGUUAAGUCAGGCAAAGGAGUUUAUUUCUCUUCCUUUAUCACAAAAUUCAGCAGGGAAGUUUGUGCCAGUCUUUGCAAAACCAAAGAAAGGUUUGACUGAAACACCUGAGAGAAAUGAUGGAGAAGCAGCAGGGUUUCAAACAGAACAGACACUAAUGAUGCACAGACUUCAGGAAAUAUUAAAGUCUAAUCUCCAGUGCACAGACAGCAAUCCGGCAUGUGAGUCCUCAGAAGCAGAUAUGCAGGAAGCAAAGUUCCCACCAGAAUCAUUUCAGUUGAUGGGGACCAAAGUGCAAGAAGCUGGAGAUACGGUAAUUUCUCACUGUCAGAAAUGUACUAGUGAAGGGCUGGAUGUUAAAACUCAAAACCAGCACAAGAUUAAAAACAUAAGCAAUGAGGCUGCUGUGGUAGGUGAUUCUCACCAAGGAACAGGGAUAGCAUUUAAUUUACAAGAAGACAACUGUGACAAAAACACCUUCGUGGAACUUGUUCCCUUAUUUCUAGAUACUUUAUAUCAUAAGGAUGCAGGCAGUCAUGAAAACAGGAACCUAUCUCUAGGGUCACUUGAAUGCCCCAUUGAAAAGGAUGUGAGCUGUAGUAUACUAAGAGAACACAGAAUUUCUGACAGAGGUAAAGGCAAUCAAAAUGAAGACCUUCUGAAUAGUUGCCUUGAGAAUGUGGACCAAAAGAAACAUACAGAGGAGGAUGAAAUUGCCAUAAAAUUAGACAACUUUGUUAAAGAAGAAAAAGAGACUAAAAAUGUUCAUGGGGAAGUCAUAGAUCUGAUGGAUACAAGCAUCAAAAGCAAAAUGGAGAGCAACCUAAUUAAACCUCAAUUUUUAGUAGAUUUAAACAUCACCACAGAUAAAGAAAAGAACAACUCAUGCACAAGGGGCAGAGGAGAAGAGCAAAGUGGCAGUGACAAAGGAGCAGAGCAGAACAGUCCAUUCAAAGAUGGCAAAGCUGCAGAACAAAACAGCCUUCACAGCAGUGGCAAAAUUGCAGAACACAGCAACCUGUGCAGCGCUGGUAAAAUUGCAGAUCGAAGCAGCUCAAAAAGCAGUGUCAAAGCCACACAGCAAAGUAGUCCAUGCAUAAGUGCUGAAGUUGUAGUAGAGCAAAAAGGCAAUUGCAAAGUCACAGAGAAAAGCAGCCCACAGAGCAGUGGCAGAGUCUUGGAGCAAAAGAGCCUGCAAAGUGGUAAAGUUGCAGAGCAAAGCAGCCCUCACAACAGUGGCAGAGUCUCGGAGAAAAUCAGCAGUGACAAAGACAGAGAUAUUUUUGGGAAGGAUUUUCUUAGUAGUACUCAAUCCAUGAUUGUUGAUCUGAAGAUGGAUGUAGAGGUUACUGAAUCAAAAAGCAUACAAGCUAUUGAACCAAUCAGUCUAUUCUGCCUACAAACUGAAGGGCGUGGUCACUCAGAGUGCAGCAACACCUCACUGCAACCAGCUUUUUACACUGGAGAGAGUGAUACAGGCAAAGAAGAGGCAGAAAAGAAGAGUGAGACAUCUGUAGGCACCAAAGAAGAAUCUGACCUAAAUGCUUCAACCCUCUUGAUUGAUAAUAGCUUUAUAUGUGAGAACAAUCAAGAAGAUUACAUCACUUUGGAGUGGUGGAAAGAAAAUGGAAAUGAGAAGGUGAGGCCUGACAGGAAACAGUCACCAGUUAGUAUCUGUGACGCAAGACCUAAUUUAUUAGAAGUGAAACAGUCAAAUACAGAGAUUGUUCCAGAGGCAGGAAUAAAAUCUUCUCCUCUUUCAUUUGGCCUCCCGUUGAACGUAAAAAACAAUGAAGAAAUGGUCAUUUGUGAGAAAAAUAAGAUGGACCCUGUUCCCAUGGAAAAUUGUCUUUCCCCUAUAGAUGUUCUUGAGCAACUGGAAAGAGAAAAGGUGAUACUCAAUCAUAAAAGAGAAACUGAUGCUAAUUCAGGUGGCUGGAAAUCUCUUUCUGCAGCAGAUACAGGUUUGCCUAGUGGUGCGCUGAGGGUUCCUUCCCCCGUGGACCAAACCUGCUCACCUUGGGAAGAUGCACUUUCUCUGGAUCUAGAAUUGUUGCCUGACAACCAGUUACAGAGUGUCCUUGAAGAUAACAGAAUUGAAUUUCCACUGCAGCAGUCGACUGAUAAUGAACACCCACAGGGAUCUGGAGUCUUUAAAGAGGCUGAAGUACAGAAAAAGCAGACAGUCGGGAAGGUUUAUUGCUCAUGCCCUGAAGGGAGCGACAAAUAUUCUGUACGCAGUAAAAAAAUGGAAGGAGAUCUAGGACUGUGCAUCAAAUCAGAACCAAAUAAUAGCAUUGUUUGGUUUAACGGUUUAAAUGGCCAGAGGUUUUGUUCUGUUCUGGUGUUGCUUUUACUCUCCUACAUUUGGCAUUUUGAACCUUAUUCUUAUUUACACUAAGGCCCCUUGACACCACUCUAGCCAUGUUAAGUCUCUUUUUCACUGCCAGAAUGGAGUAAUGAGGCUGUAGCAUAAAUGAGAAUAAGGCCCAGUGUCUUAGAGCCAAAUUCUUGCUGGCUACUGGCUGAUUGCAUUACAGGAAUAAUAUCCACCCAUCUCCUGCCUCCCCAAAGGGCACAUAUACAGAGUUAAAAAAAAACAGUUGUAUGCUCAAAUUCUUGUUGUAAACCCUUGAUCUUUCCCUUCCAACCUUGUCCAGAUUAGAAUUUAAAGGUGAAAUGUUGAGCCAUUCUAGCUACCAUGUUUGAGAAGCCUAGGGUAGACAAGGCAGCAUAUACAUGCUAAACUGUUCAAGGUAAACCCUAGUCUCCCCACUUAAGACUUCAUCUCAAUCAGUUUAGCAUGUGUUUAAGGUCCUAGAUUUUUCAACAUACCUUUCAUCCUUAUCUAGGCCAGGCCUCCAUCACUUCUGCUAUGGAGCCCUUGCAGAGCAGGCUUUCUUCAUGUUUUCAGGGGAAACCAGAACUGAGGUGCUCUUUUCAGUCCUAUGACCCUGCAACAGCCUGGAUUUGUGCUGUAUUUUUCUGGUAUAAAUUAUGCAAAACUUUGGUCCUUGAAUUAAAAGUGAAACUGUUUACCAGCUGUUUUAAAUCUAUAAGGGAUGGCAAACCUGAAUGUUGAUACUAUUUAUUUUCUUUCCUCUUUUCAUUCUGUGUGCAAUAAAAAAAACAAUACUAGUUGAACACAAUCUUCAUAAUCCAUGGAUGAGUCUUCAAACAUUUCAGUACUUCAUUAUCCCUAUAAUAUCAUGCACCAUCGGUUUAAAAAAAAAAAGACAGAAUUAUAUAAUACAUUUUUUUACUAGUGAAACAACAUAACAUUUUCAAUAGAAUGACGACCAAAAACUGGCAAAUAAAAUAACGUUCAGAAAUAACUGGCAAAUAAAAUAUAUAUGUAUAACAUAUAAAACAAUUUUCAAAGAAAAUAAAGGCAGGAAGACUUGAGACUCUGUGAGGGAAAAACAAUCGUUUCUUAAACACUCACCCACUUAACAUUAGCUGGUAAAUUAUUAACCUUGUUACCUAAUGCCCCCUCAACUCAAAUAUGGGAACACCUAGCUUCUAAGAGCUAUUGGAUUGCUGUGUGAGCUUUCACAAAUGGCCAGAGUGCUCUGUCGGAGUCUUCAGGCCAGGACUAUUUUGUUGAUAUUCUUUCUCAUUCCCUUCAACUGAAUGACAUAAUUGCACAAAGACUGAGGCAUCUGCCAUCAGCUUCCCAGGUGUAAGUCUUACCCCUCCAUGAACUGGAACAUCCAAUGGAAGCCAAAGCAGGUAUCUGUCUUGAAUAGAAAGGUAAAGUGGUCCUGUAGAAUGGUAGGCAAGUUAAUGAUGCUGGGAGAAUUCACCUCCAUACUCUCUCCCCUUAUUUGCCACUUCACUCCAAGAGCCAGAUGGAAUCCGGCUCCCAGACCUCUCUCCCCACAUUGCCUGCAUUACUCAUGAUAUCUCUUUGGCUUCCUCCAUGCCAUCCUCCUCUACUGUUGAUGCAGCUGGAGCAGCAGAUGCCUGAAAUGCCAGAGGAGGGACAUCACCUGAGGCAGAUUUGGGAAG